AUGGCGUUCGCCGACUUCUUCAAAGCCGCAUUUGGCAUUAUCUUCGGUUACGACCUCGACGCUGCGCUGUUUUAUCUUCAAGAAGAGCGGAAGCGUCCCGAGUCCGUGCUGGACUACGUGCCGUGCGACGAUAGCUUGGAUUGCUUCGCCUGUCCACCGCCCCAUCUGUCUCUUUCGAGACCGUCACCAUCACAUACCUUCGCUGGAUGGAAGUAUAGACGCUUCGGGGCUGUUUGA